AUGGGUAACUAUCGGAAUUAUAACUUUGCUUACACCUAUCCACGACAAGAUUCCAGCAGGCAGCUCUAUGGAAAUUGGGGGUACAACUACAAUUCCGAUUCACAAUGGAAAUACAGACGACCAGAGAAUCCAAUUUAUCGACAAUCGAACGCUUUCUACGAUCGACAGCAUUGGGCAGGGAAAAACCGUUUCGGGAGCAAAAUCAAGCACUUAACUAAUGCUGAUUUGAAAGGAUAUGGUGCUACUUUAGAGAAGCAUGAUCCAGCGAUCAAUCCGGAAAUCUUGAUGGAAAAAUCACGAAUCACCACUAAAAUACCGUUCAAAACACAUUCAAACGCUGAAGGAAAGCAUGCUGUAAAGAGCGAUGAAUUCGUUAGCGGAACCUCGGAGAUACGGGAGAAUAAAAAGAUGAAAGCAAAGGCUCGAUUUGGAGACUAUGAGGAUACGGUAGCGAAAAGUGACACCCAAAAAAAGAUGCAAUAUAAUCCAAAGAAGAAAGAAAAACAGCGAACAUUUGGAGACUAUGAAGACACAAUUUCAGAAAUGGAUUUAAAGAAAAAGGGAAAGCCUAGUCACAAAGAAGCACAAAGUAAAGAUUCGAAGCUCGAGUUUGGGGACUAUGAGGAGAAUGUAUCAAGAAUUGAUCUUCAGAAAGCUCACAAGUACUCUGGGCGAAAAGGAGGAUCAAGUGAAUCACGACAACGAGAGCAAAAACCUCUAGAUUUGAAUGAAAAGAAGCAAAACUUGGAACUGAUUUCGGAGUUCGUUCCGAUUGGGCAUGAUACAAGUGCCAAGCAACGCUUGCGGACUGGAGUUCAUAAGAAAAAAUUCCGUGGUUGGACAAUUCAAUGGGAUCGAAUUAGA